GCAGUGACUUUGAGGAGAACCUGUCAGCUGUGGCCGUAAACUCCACCGCCAUCGAGGUAUCCUGGAAGCCCCCAAAACACGUGGCACCGGAUCUCGUCUACAGGUUGACGGUGGGUACGCACGCCACGGAAAUCAAGGAACGCGAGUUUACUGGUUUAUACGUCAUGGGUGGUUUGACACAAGACACAAAUUACAAGGUGUCUGUCUGUCUCGUCUUCAGGAUCCCUGAUUCUUUGGCGCCCUGCCUCACGACAUAUGUGAGCACACGCUCAUCGGGCGACUGUCCUGUUGGAAUGAGGCUGGUUCCGUUGAGUUCUACAGUCGUAAGAGUGGUUUGGGAACGUCCAAUGAGCAAGAAUCACACAUUUGACGACUAUCGACUGAAUAUAUCAAACGGAAUUGGCAGCCGAUUGGUGGGCGCAGGCGGCAGAAUCCUAGUCAAAGAUCUUAUGCCCUCCACCUCCUACAAAAUGACUUUGGAGGCCAAAUAUGCUGGAGAUGAAAAGUUCGGGGAACCAUUACGGGGAAGCGUGACAACCCCUCCAACCGGAGCUAACCUACCGACAAACAUCACAGCUUGGGCCGUUAACGCCACCGCCGUCGAGGUCCGCAUGGAUCUCCCGAAAUACGUGGUCUCAGAUGUCUUCUAUAUGAUAACAAUGGGUACCCAAGUGACAAAAUUCUCCGCAUACCAGUUCGCUGGCGUAUACACGAUGGGUGGUUUAGCAGAAGAACCAACCGACAAAGUUACUGUCUGUCUCGUCUUCGAAAACCCCGAUUUCUCGGCGGGCUGCAUUGAGACAAUUGUGCGCACACACUUAAGUAAGUGUGCCUGCGGGGUUUAA